UGCUGAUCACUGAACUGACAAUGCUACCCCUUCUUGUGUAAAGUGACAGCGUGGGUAUGUUAUGUAGUGCAUAGUGCAUACUACGAUUUGCAACUUGUAUCUAUCUAUUUAGUCCCAGGAAACGAGGAAACGCUCCGUUUUCGCAAAUUGGACGCUCUACGGUCAACAUCAUUCCAGUGUGUGGUACGUAGAAGUUAAGAGGUGGUUAAAAGUGGGUCAGUUUUGACAGAAAGUGAGUGCAGGCAAACGUUCUGAAAUCUUAAAGAACCGAAAAUGUCUCGCAAAAUCUUGACCCUGGUCGCGGUUCCAGCUGCGAAAACGAGCUUCGCAAGGACACAACUUUUCUCAAACUUGUUUCAUCAGCCCUCAUUAGUCAGAGGAUUAAAUACCCACGCGCUGAGCCCCACCGUGACCUUGAUCUCGCAACAUGGCGCCACAAAACACCUCCGCAACCGACCCGACCUGACCCAAUAUUCGAGUGAGGGUCGCCCCCUCUCCAUCCUGAUUUGUUGGCUCAUGGCGAAGAACAAUGCGGUCAAAAAAUACGCCAAGUUCUAUCUGGAUCAUGGCUUUGACGUCCUCACCGUCCGCGUCACACCUACCCAACUCCUCCUCCCAUCUAGAAUCGAACCCAUCGUCACCAACGAAAUCCUGCCCGCCCUUCUCACCUCUGACCACGACAAAAAACUCAUCCACGGCUUCUCCGUCGGGGGCUAUGUAUUCGCCCGAAUGCUCAAAUACAUGCAAGACCACCCCCACGGCGACCACCUCAUGGCUUCCAUGAAAGCGCAAAUCUGGGACUCCGUCGUGGACGUGAAUGGCGUCGCGAUUGGCGUCAGCAAAUCCGUAUUUGGCGAAUCCGCGAUGCAAAAAGGGCUCGAGAGUUAUAUCGAUUUCCACAUGAAAGCUUUUUACAACGUGGCCACGAAAUACUACUUUGACGCGCAUCACUACUACUACAAUCGACCCUUGAACGCGCCUGCGCUCUUCUUUUGCUCCCAAGCCGACCAGAUAAGCACGAUGGAUGUGAUUCAAGAAGUUCAGAAGGAAUGGGCCGUCAAAGGGAUCAAGUGUGUCAAUCAGAUUUGGGAAAAUACCGCUCAUGUCGGACACAUGAGGGCCUAUCCGGACCAGUACACGACCGUGUUGAAGGACUUUUUGGCGAAAAAUGGGAUCCACAAGACGCCCGAAAGAGUGACCGAGAGGGAAGAAGUUUUCAACCCGAUUUCACUCGGAAUUCAUCCAAACGUCGUGUAUAGCAAGGCUGUCUAAAAACUAAAAGUGUGAUUUUUUUUCGUUACGAAAAUCAAUUUUAAAAUAAAUUUUUGAUUUAUAAAAAAAUGACAGAAAUUUGGUUAAGUAAUCGAAAUCGGUUUUGUUUUAAGCUUGAGAGAAAUAAAAGUUUGGAGAAAUCGCUUAAUUUUCCUUAAUAUAUUUUAAUUUAUAGUUAUAUCGCUCGUUAUCGCAAUAAUUAAGGGUUAAUUAAGUAUGAAAUUUUGUUAUGUAUUAUUAGUCAAUAACAUUUAAUUUUUUGAGUAAUGUUUUCAAUAAAAGUUAAAUAUUGACGGGUAUUAAAAAUUA